AUGGCCAGGAAAAGCCACUGGAGCUCCAGAGUGACCGAGUCCGCCGUGGGGAAAGACGCCCGCGGGGACCUGCACGUCGCGCUGCGGGGGGGCGCGGAGCACGGGGAGUUCGCCUACAUCGGCCCGGUCAAUAACGCGGAGGUGAUUUACCACUACGGGACUGUCGUGGAGGAUGAACUACUGCUGGAAGUGGAAAACCUGUCUAUUUCUGGAUUACCGCUUUACGACGUGUACACGGUCAUAAAGAACUGCAAAGCUCGUGGUUGGACCUGA